AUAUAUAGCAGUUUCAUAUCGUGCUCCGAGGCCGGACCCGGACGAGCACCGUCUGAGAUAACCUGCCAGCAAACAUCUUGCCAUCCUUCCAUUACCCACUAAUUCCAAGUUUACAGGUCUUGUGUGAAAUACGAUGUCGGUCUUAUUUUAUGGUGGUCUCAUAACUCCUGAGACUCUGACGUCGUACCGUGCACUCCCCAAGGCAUUGUUGUCUGUCUCUCGAACCACUGGGGUCAUUGAAUGGGUUGAGGACGACGUGCCGAGUUAUACCCUUCAAGAAACUCUUGCGAAACAUGGUCUCGAACUCAAUGCUGACGUUGAGCUUAUUGAGCUCAAGGAUGGAGAAUUCCUGAUGCCCGGUUUUAUCGACACACAUACGCAUGCCCCGCAGGUUCCGAACAUUGGCAGCGGGCAACAGCACGAACUUCUAGAUUGGCUAGCCGAGGUUACUUUUCCUAUGGAAAGUAGGUUUCAAGAUAUCAAGUUUGCUCGAAGAGCGUAUAAUGCAGUCGUACGGCGUAUCAUUGACUGUGGUACUACAACGUGUUGUUAUUACGGUACACUUCACUUGGAAGCAACUAAGGUGCUUGCAGAUAUUGUACAUACUUCUGGACAACGUGCUUUCGUCGGGAAAUGUAACAUGGACCGACAUUCACCGGAUUAUUACGUGGAACCUUCUGCACAGGACUCGCUCGUUGCCACUCGCGACUUGAUCACGUACAUCCGCUCUUUCAGCUCAUCCGAAGACGAUACACUCGUCCAUCCUAUCCUGACUCCGCGAUUCGCCAUCUCAUGUACGCCAGAGCUCCUCAACUCACUUGGCCAAAUGGCAGACGAGGACAAGAACCUAGCGAUCCAGACUCACCUCUCGGAGAAUGAAGCCGAGAUCGUGUUCACGAAGUCUUUGUUCCCGCCUGAUGUCUUACCAGGUGGUUGCAAGACUCAUCGGAAGACGACUUAUGCUGGGGUGUAUGAUGCAUUCGGACUUUUGAGGGAAAAUACUAUCCUCGCUCAUGCUGUUCAUUUGGAAGAUGAAGAGGUGGAGUUGAUCAAGACGAGGCGAGCAGGGAUCAGUCAUUGUCCGACGAGUAACUUCAACCUGAGGAGUGGGUGUGCGAAGGUUGGUAUGCUCCUGGAUAAAGGUAUCAAGGUUGGUCUAGGUACAGACGUAUCAGGCGGAUUCUCACCAUCCAUACUGACGGCGAUCCAACAUGCGAGCAUAUGCUCGAAAGUGGUCGCAACCUCAGUACCUCCCGAUCCAACGUCCCCACCUGACGGCAAGUUGACUAACCGCCAACUCCCUGUUCCGACUCUCUUCUAUCUCGCCACCCUUGGCGGAGCCUCCCUCUGCAAUCUCUCCUCUCAGAUCGGCUCCCUCACCCCAGGGAAAUUCUUCGACGCGCUUGUCGUGAGCGUUCGAAAUGACGCUGGGAACCCCAAUGUGUGGGGCGUUGAGUUUGAUCGGGAGUUGGACGUGAGAGGAAGUGGAGGUGAAGAAGAGGAUGAAGGUGGACGAGGGAAGAAUGAGACUGAAGAGCUUGAGGGGAUGCUGGAGAGGUUUUUGUUUUGUGGGGAUGAUAGGAACAUUAGGAGGGUUUAUGUGAAGGGCAAGUUGAUUGGUGGAAAGGAAUAUCAGUAACUGAAGGUCACCCCAUCGUGUGUCCUGCCUACUGAGGCCUUGAUUUGAAUGCGGUCUAUAUUGGAAACUCGGAUGGAUGAUGGUUGGUGUUGCUAAUAGUAUACAGAGUGCAUCUAGAUGUGUCGGGAUAUACAUACAUAUAGAAGUACAAAUGAAUGAUCCUACUUUUAAUAUACAGUGGCACCGUCUCCCGUUUACGAAACGUCGAUUGCAAAGUCCUUGGUCCACUUAUUCUUGUAGUUACCAAACUCCCAUUUGUAGCAAUCCUACAGAAAGCACGUCCGAUC